UGUUGCCGGGAUGUGGGGGCUAGGUUUGUCCGCUAGGAUGAGUGUUGCCUUGGAGAGGGCGGGUGGGUGCGUUCCCGCAGCAACAGGGAAGAUGGCAGCUCUCACAUCUCUCACCCAGUUGUCAAGUGGGAACCCCGUAUAUGAGAACUUUUACAGACAGGUGGAUCCUGGGAAUACAGGGAGAGUAGGACCAACAGAAGCUGCCUUGUUCUUAAAAAAGUCUGGGCUCCCUGACAUUACACUGGGAAAGAUUUGGGAUUUGGCUGAUCCUGAUGGCAAAGGCUAUCUGGACAAACAGGGGUUUUACGUAGCUCUGCGGCUGGUGGCUUGUGCUCAGAGUGGUCAGGACGUCAGUCUGUCCAGCCUCAACCUCACAAUCCCUCCCCCCAAGUUUAAGGACACCAGUAGUCCAUCUCUAAGCAGCACAGCUUCUGCCUCCACCGAAUUACACUGGGCCGUCAGGCCUGAGGAGAAGAGUAAAUUUGAUGGGAUUUUUGAAAGUUUGGCUCCAGUCAACGGCCUGCUGUCAGGAGAGAAGGUCAAACCAGUCCUAAUCAACUCCAAGCUACCUCUGGAUGUCCUUGGGAAGGUUUGGGACCUGAGUGACAUAGAUAAAGAUGGCCAUCUGGACAAAGAUGAGUUUGCAGUGGCCAUGCACCUUGUGUACCGGGCCCUGGAGAAAGAGCCUGUUCCUGCACUCCUCCCCUCUGCCCUCAUCCCUCCAUCUAAGAGGAAGAAGAGUCUGGGCUCAGUGACCAGUUCUGUGCCUGGAUUGCCUGCAAGCCCUCCACCACCAAAAGAUUCACUACGCUCCACACCCUCCCACGGCAGCAUGAAUUCACUCAAUAGCACUGGCAGCCUGUCACCUAAACACACACUAAAGUCUGGACAGCAUUCAGUGAACUGGGUGGUCCCAGUAUCUGACCGCGGUCGCUAUGACGACAUCUUCCUGAAGACAGAUGCUGACCUGGAUGGUUUUGUCAGUGGACAGGAAGUAAAGGAGAUCUUCAUGCAGUCUGGACUUUCUCAGAAUGUCCUUGCCCAUAUAUGGGCUCUGGCAGACACAAGGCAGAUAGGCAAGCUGACCAGGGAGCAGUUUGCCCUUGCUAUGUAUCUCAUCCAGCAGAAAGUCAGCAAGGGCAUUGACCCUCCACAGGCCCUGACUGCUGACAUGAUACCCCCCUCUGAGAGAGCCACUCCUGUACCAAGUAUGUCAGGAUACAUGACGCCAGUGGGAUCAGAGAUGGCUGCUCUGUCUGAGAUGAGACGGGACAGCUCUAGCUCAGUGGGUUCAGGGGAGUUCACUGGCAUCAAGGAGUUGGAUGACAUCAGCCAGGAAAUAACCCAGUUGCAGAGGGAGAAGUACACUCUUGAGCAGGACAUCAGAGAGACAGAGGAGGCCAUCAGAUAUAAGAGUGCAGAGGUGCAGGAGAUGCAGAAUGACCUGGACAGAGAGACAGCCAGCCUGCAAGAGCUGGAGGCCCAGAAACAAGAUGCUCAGGAGCGUCUGGAGGAGAUGGACCAGCAGAAACAUAAAUUAGAAGACAUGCUGAACGAAGUCCGAAUGAAGUGCCAGGAGGAGUCUCAGAUGAUCUCCACCCUUCAGAGUCAGAUCCACUCCCAGGAGUCAGACUUGCAGAGCCAGGAAGAAGAACUGAGCCGGGCAAAAGCUGACCUGGGCCGGCUGCAGCAGGAGGAGAACCAGCUGGAGCAGAGCCUGGCUGCUGGGAAAAUCCAACUGGAGACCAUCAUCAAGUCUUUAAAGGCCACGCAGGACGAGAUAAACCAAGCUCGCAGUAAAUUGUCCCAGAUUCAGGACAGCCAACAGGAAGUGUCUAAAAGUAUUGAGCAGUACAACAGCACCUUCAAUGGAACCCAUGGAGGCAGUAUGACCAACCUCGCUGACAUGAGUGAGGGCUUCAGUGACAGAGAGAACGGAGGAUUUCCAGCCACGGUGAGAACAGCACAGGAGGAUCCAUUCAAAGUGAAGCCAUCAGUGUUCAACAGCCAGCCUCAGGAGCUUCCCACAGACCCCUUCCACUCUGAAGACCCCUUCAUAACUGACCCAUUCAAAGGUGACCCUUUCCAAAAUGACCCCUUUGCAAAGCAGCCAUCAGCAUCCACAGAUCCUUUUGGAGGAGACCCAUUCAAAGAGACAGAUCCAUUCAAAGCUUCAUCAGAAGAUUUCUUUAAGAAGACCACAAAGAUGGAUCCCUUCUCCACACCAGAUCCCUUCAGUAAAAGUGCCACAUUACCUUCCAAGCAAGCCAGUCACUUCACAAGCAAUGACCCAUUCUCUUCAAGUAACCCAAAACCCAGAGGACCAGAUUUGUUUGGCACGUUGGACCCAUUUGGCAGCAGUUCGUUCAGCAGCAGCAGUAACAGCUCCGCUGGAUUUGCAGACUUCAGUCACAUGUCAAAGCCCAGAGACCCUUUUGAAGGCAGGGCCAGCUGGCUGCCAGACUACCAGAAGUCGGUGUUUGUGGAUGACCCAUUCAGCAGGAAGAAUGACACGCCAGCUCUGCCACCGAAGAAAAGUGUUCCUCCAAGACCCAAACCACCCAGCGGUAAGAGCACGCCAGUGAGCAUGUCUGGCACAGCUGAUCCUUCCAAACCAUGUGACCCCUUCCAGCCGUUCGGCAGCGACGCCACUGAUCCGUUUCAGAGUAAAAAGGGCCUAGGAGACCCGUUCAGUGGCAAAGACCCUUUUGCCCCAUCCUCCUCAUCAAGUAAAGCCCCUAAAGACUCUACCUCGGGUUUUGCAGACUUCAGUUCUGACCUGACAAAGUUAAGUUUGGGAAUGAGGCUCAGCAGUUGGAGUGGGCUAAGCGGGAGAGUGAGCGAGCAGAGCGCGAGCGGCUGAAGAGGCUCAGACAGCAGGAGCAGGAAGACCUGGAGCUGGCCAUCGCCCUCAGCAAGGCCGAGAUGUCCCACUCAUGACCUGGAACCCCCACCACACACAGAUGUACACACAGCGCGUAGACAGGCUAACGUGAAGACAACCAUGACUGACAUCUACAUGACUGACACCUGCACCGCCACUAUUUACACCUCUGCCACCCCCCCCCCCACCCCCCCCCGCUCAUGGAUGGAUAAGAAAGAUACAGAUCAAACCUCCAGGCAAGUCUGGCUGCUGACCCUACAUUAAAAAAAACAUGACAACAGAAAUGUGGGCUGAGAGCUCAUCACUGCAAAACUCCUGCUGACAUGAAGACACAGAGGACUGGAGGGUAAAGAAGGUGAGGAAGAGGGGGAGGCAAGAGGGGCUUGAUGGAAACAAGCAGCAAACAGAUGCACUGAGUGUAUGCACUAUAGUGGCUGGACAAUAAUGUGAUGGUUCUAUUCACAGGACUGAGCAGACUAGCUGAUCAUUCCUGACAGAACACCUUGACAGUUUGCAGUUGAGCGUGUUGUUUUUCUUCUCCACCCUCAGUCACAAUGAUGAAAAAUGUGUAAUUUUUUUCUUCAAUUGUAACAAGCAGCAGUCAAGAAAAAUAACACUACAAUUCAAACUGCCAAUGUAUUUCUUGAAGGAUUUUUUUCCUAAAUGUGUGACAUGGAUAUAUCACUGGGCUUAGACUGUGUCAACUGGUAUUCAGUGUUGAGUUGUUUCGCAGGUAGAAAUUGCUACAGACUGAGGUGUUAUAUAAGUAUCUGUUAAUACAGAGACAUAUAGACCCAAAGGCAUAUGGAUUUUCACUCCUCAGGAUUGAGAAUUUUCAAUUCAGCACCCCCCCCCACCCCAACCCCUUUCCCUCAGGAAAUAUUGUUAUUAAUCCAGACUCAGAUAAGAAGUGAGAAGGUUGAUUUCAGUUGAGCUUUUUUCACUUCUGCUGCCUGGCUAACUGUUUCCCUCUGCUUUGUGCUGAGAUAGGCUGCUCUCUGUACUGGAUGUACAGAAAUUAAAUUGAUAUUGAUCUUCUCAUCUGACUGGGAGAGUUAAAGCAUAUUUCCCCAAAUAUUACAUUUUCUCUUUCAUUUUUUUUUUUUUUUUACCACACCACGGUCUACCAUGAGAUUAGAGACUUUCACCUGAAGUCCAGGUAAGGGUGGGGGAUCUAGUAGAUCCCUGAUUUUUGCCCUAAGAACCUCUUGCAGGCCAAUCUGACCCCUGGUCCACAGCAUCUACUAUUCUCUUUUAGGUUUGAGAGAGUCUCCAGGACUAUGUGAAGAAGAAAAGAAGAAAACUUUUAACCAACAUUAGUCAGCUCUGUUCACAUUUCACUCUGGCCCAUUAUGGGAGGAAAGUAAAAACAACUGCUCUUUAGCUGUGUUAAGAAAAAACAAAAAUCCGAUUAAUAUCCAUUAUACUGCUUCCCUCUAAUGUGACAGGUGCCUGGCAAAUGAAAAUAAGACUUGUCAAUGUCAACAUAUCCUGUGGAGUGACAGUAACAAAUUGUACAGAUAUAUUUUCUUUGUCCACGAGUGUGAGAUUGUUCUGCGGAGAGUUUUUUGUGAUGACCUCCAGUACUCUCUCUCCUGCUGUAUAUAGAUAAACGGAGCUAACUAUGCCUCUGCUCAGCAGCUAUACUCUGAUCCUUAUGCUGUGAUGUCACACCACACCCAACAAAUGAAGGGCAAGAUGAGGGAAUUAUUUUUUACAUUACAUUACAUUUGACUUAGAGAGUGAGGAUUUUAACACGGUUUUUAUUUCAUGAGCUGGUUAUUAUUAUUAUUAUUUGACCUGUUUUUGUUUUAAAAGAACAUCAAAUUUCAUGUAGUUGUUUUGUGCUAUAUUUUGUUGUUGAGUUUAGUCACUUGAGUGCUGUACAGACCAGCAAGCUUAAGAUGUGGAGUGUUGAAAGGUGGAGGAGGAAAUGCUUGGAACUUGCUGAAAUCAGGUGUCAUUAGGCUGGAAACUGGAAAUAUGUGAAAAAGUGCUAUUUCUGAUGUGUCAUAGUUUGAUGUUCUAACCACUCACCUUGUUUUCCUGAGUUGUCCCUUUACUUGAAGUGGUGACUGAUGUUUGAGUGGGACAGACUGAACUGAGUUCUGGAGUUUGAUUUCAGCUGGACUUUAAACUAAACUUUCUGCCGAACUUAAAUUUGGGAAAACUUUCUGUUUGACUCAGAGCCCCUCUGUUGUAGUUUCACAUGUCUGCGUUUACACCUGUUUUUUCUCUACACUGAGCAGUGCUGAAUGGUCAGUCACAACAUUAAGACCACCGGCCUGAUAUUGUGUUCCUGCUGCCAGCUCUGACCUGUCAGAGGACACAGGACCUCUGAGGGUGUCCUGUGGUGUCUGGCAGUGAGACGCUAGCAGUGGGUCCUUUGGGACCUGUGGGAGCAUUGUCCUGCUGGGUUGUGCUUGGUCUACAACAAUGUUUAGGUGGUACGUGUCAAAGUAACAUCCAGAUGAGUGAAGGAGCCAAGCUUUCCCAGCAGAACAUAUUGUAACCAGAUGAUGAAUGUUAUUCACUUCAGCUGUCAGUGGAUUUAAUGCUAUGGUUGAUCAGUGUGUGUAUGUGUGUGUGUGUGCAUGUGUGUGUGACCAGUAAUACACUUAAUCAGUGUUUUGCCUCGAGCAUGCCCUGCAGUCAGAAUCUGCUCAGAGUGCACACGUUCUCCUUAAUGUUUCUUUAAGGGAUGAGAUGUUGAGUUUUUGAGUCAGUCACCAUGAAAAUACAAACUCCUUUCAACAACCUGUACUGUAGAAAGGAUCAAGAAAAAUCAUUCUGUAAAAUCAGAGGAUUUCUUCUUUGUUCACCAACAGCAAUCCGCUCAAUUCCAGUGGUGGCCGAAUAUACUGUUUAUAAAUUGGACUACUGUUUUAAUCAAUACUCUUUCCAUAAUGUAGUUUCCAUCCACCAGUGGCAGCACUGAGUGAACUGCUGCUGAGUAGACUGCUGUUUGUGAGGGUGAAGCCCUGUGUCAUGAUUUGGUUUUACAUUGUUUGUAUUGGCCUAAACCUCUGUCACAGGUCACUGACGGGUGUAGUUACAUUAGCUUCUCCAGUCACCACAUUAAAAAGGAUUAUGGUACUGAGGAGGUUUAUAGCAUGACUAAAAUAUUGAACUUUUUAAAAUAUUUAUACCUGUGUGGAACUGCCUGCAUGGCAGUAAAAUAUGCUACAAACGCUCAUAAUGUGAAUUUACCCAAAUUGGACAGAAAUGUUCAAGUUAAAGUUGAUGUGCAGUCGCUGAUUCUGUCGGAUAGAAUGGUAAAAUGCCUCUCCCUGCCAUUUUUGUCUUGUUUACAUAUCAUGAAUAUUUACUUUGCUGUAGCUGUUACAAACUGUGUUCCUGUAGGAGAGAGUGUCCCUGGUACAUGGUGAGUGCCUCCAUCUAAGCUGUACACAGCUAACACCUUCUGAAAAGCCUCCAUCUGAGUCAGAAAUGUAAAUCUUUGCCAUCUCCUGUCACACUGUAGUGAAAAUGUUACUAUAGCAGGAACUUUGUUAUCAUAUCAUCAUUCCUCAAAAGAAAAAAAGCAGGUCACAAAUGUAUAGUUCAUGUUUUUAAAGGCUUUGUUAUGUUCCAAAACAACUGUACUGUAGUUUUUAAUUAUGUUAAUGUUAACCCUAGUGUUACAUUGCAUAAUGUGCUGCUAGCUGCCAGCUAAAAGGUUUGUUUGUUGCUAGCUGUGUACCAGUAGUUAACAGCCUGCAGGCCAAUGGAAUGCCAUAACAAAGAGAUUUUCAGUUAACUAAAGUACCAGCAACUUUUUCACAACAGUGUGACCAAAAACAAGACUAAUAUUUAAAUGUCCAAGUGUCCCUUUAUAUUUGGUCUUGUGUGUGUCUGGUGUUUUAAUCACAAAUGCACAGUUUUGUUUUAAAUCAAACCUUGUGACACAUGUAA